AAGUUAUUUACCAUAAAAUGAUAAAGGAAAUAUGCGAAAAAUAUAACAGAGUAUAUACAAAAGAUUUACAAGUCAGGAUGUACGGUGUAACUGAUAGACAAAUUUGUGAAACUAUAGUCAAUGAAUUGAAAAUGCCGAUAUCCAUUAAUGAAUUUGAAAAGCAAUUGGGAGAUUUAGCUGAGAAAUUGUUGCCGAGUGCGCCGUUACAAAAAGGAGCAGAACGUCUUCUAACUCAUCUCCACGACAGCAAGAUUCCAACGGCGUUAGCGACGAAUUCAACUGAGCAAGCGGUUAGACUUCAUGCUACGGCCAGACCGAAGCUGUUUGGUUUAUUUCAUCACAAAGUAAGCGUGACAGAUCCAGAAGUGUCCCGAGGGAAGCCAAAACCUGACAUAUACCUGGUGGCAGCAUCCAGAUUUCCUGAUAAGCCGAAACCGAAACAGUGUCUUGUAUUUGAAGAUUCAUCAGUUGGUGUGACGUCAGCGGUAGAAGCAGGAAUGCAGGUAGUCAUGAUCCCUGACUCACGUCUCGAUCGAGAACACACACGUCACGCGACAAUCGUCAUCAAAUCUCUAAUGGACUUCCAACCAGAGCUAUUUGGUCUACCGCCAUUUGAUGAUACUCCCAGACGAUACAGCAGAAUUGAAGAAAAUCCACCGUAAUUCAGUAGGCUAUUCUG